AUGAGUCUGAACAUAACCGCCCUCAUCAUCUCCGUUCUCUGCAUUAUCCUCUACCACAUCUGUCGGGCCGUAGUCCGUCAGAAAAGGAAAGGAAUCUAUCCUCCGGGACCGAAGCCCUGGCCUAUAGUCGGUAAUUUAUUUGACCUGCCAUCUGACCAGACCGGGCAAACCUACCUGGAAUGGGGACGAAGAAACAACAGCGACAUCCUUCACGCUCAGGUUCUGGGACACCAUAUCGUUAUCGUGAAUAAACGAGAAAUAGCAGAUGAGCUUCUUGAGAAACGCGCUAGGAACUCCUCCGGUCGUCCUUACACCCCUAUAGUGAAGCUAUUGGAUUGGGAAUUCAACAUCGCGCUCAUGGACUACGGUGACGAGUGGCGCAAGCACCGGAAGGUGUGCCAACAACAUCUUAACCGCGAAGCGUCGAGGUCAUUCGAGCCCAUUCAAUUGGAGAAAGUUCACAGGGCUCUUCUCCAACUUCUCCGUUCUCCCGAGGAGUUUGAGGCUCAUAACAGAAUGUUGUCAAUCUCUAUUACAAUGGAUAUGAUGUACGGAUAUCAGGUGAAGAACCUCGACGACCCGGCUAUCGAUGCGGCAACACGAACUGCUGAAAUAGGUGAUCCAUUAUUCAUGACAUCGGGAAGUAUGAUCAAUAUCAUCCCUGUUCUUGCCCGCGUUCCUGCCUGGGUUCCCGGCGCUAUAUCCCAGAAGCUUGCGACUCAGGCCCGCUACUGGACCGGAAAAAUGAAGGAUAUCCCAGUGGACGACGUCAAGAGACAAAUGGCUGCUGGAAUAGACUCCCCGUCGCUGCUGACUCAGUUCAUGGAAAAGAAGGCGACGACAGGCGCUUCAGAGGAAGAGGAAGAAAUUAUGAAAAAUGUUGCAUACACCGUGUAUGGCGCUGCAUCCGAUACAACGAUAUCGGCGACGGCCACUUUCUUCUAUACCAUGGCCAUCAGCCCCGAAGUGCAGAAGAAAGCGCAGGCCGAAAUUGACCGCGUCGUCGGCAACCAUAGGCUCCCUGAUUUCACUGAUAGAGCCUCUUUGCCCUACAUCGAGGCAGUAUAUCGUGAGGUGAUGCGAUUCGCCCCGCCGCUUCCCCUCGGCAUGAUGCACACCCUCGCCGAGGAUGACUUUUACGGAGAUUAUCUCCUUCCGAAAGGGACCCAAGUUUUCGCCAACAUUUGGGCUAUCACUCACGACGAGGGCACUUAUAAAGAUCCCGACGCGUUCGAGCCCGAGAGGUUCUUCGACGAAGACGGGUCCCUCAAUGAUGACGACCGCGUUCUCGCUUAUGGAUACGGGCGACGAAUUUGCGCCGGGAAGCAUGUCGCGAGCGCCACAAUGUGGAUUACCAUCGUAUCCAUUUUAGCCUGCUUUAACAUCAGCAAGGCAAAGGAUGAGUUCGGGAAGGAGAUCGAGAUUAACCCUGAGUUCGAGGAUCAUGGAGUCAAGACGAUUAAGAAACCUUUCGAGUGUUCGAUUACUCCCCGUUCGCCUGCUGUUCAGAAGUUAAUUGAAGAUGUGGUAUCAGAGCUUAAAUGA